CCGGAGUUGUCGCUGACGGUCAUGGCGGCCAAGUCGAAGGCACGGACAGCCAUUGUCCGGAUGGUCUCUUCGGCCAAAACUGGUUACUUUUACACCACACAACGACUGCGAGUAGGACCCAAGCUCUCCGCUGUCAAAUAUGAUCCAAAAGGUGCGCGUAUGCUUUGCUACGCUGUCUGAAUUGGUUUGCUCAGCCUUUGUCACAUCAGUCAAGGCACGGGUGCUCUUCA